GUGAGAGGCUGCCGGUGGGAAGCUGUCGGUCCGGAAAGAACAGAUGAUGGGCUGAGUGCUAUCUCUGUAGCUGCGUCUGCCGGUUUUUAUACAUGGCGGACACUAUGCACGUCACGUCUGGAAGGCGAGGCCGGAAGUCGCUUCCCACAGUCGUCGGACUCAUGACAGAAAGUAUUGACCAUCGGACGGUGGUCUACUCUCGAUGGGAACCUCAGCCGAGCGCCACAAUAAACCUAUCAGACUGUUGAGCACGUGGCAUAUCCAUCCGAUGCCGGCUUCGUCAGGAAAACCAUAGAGGAAAACAUAUGAGUUUCCCGCGAAACUACCAAAGGGGCACAAAGGACCCGAAAGGAGAGUUCAUGCUGCCGAUAGCGCAGCGCGAAGCGGCAAUCGCGUGACCCACAAGGUUUGCAACGCUUUGACGUCAGGCCAUCCACCGGCAUAUACGAAUGUGCGCCUCGCGUUCAAACGGUCAGGAGGGACAUUGACAAAACCCUUACUCAAGAGGAAACAGGUCGGGCCAAUAAUAGAGCUGCUCAAUUCUUGUGACGCUAGACGCGUUCAGAGGCCUUUGAUGGAGGCGAGACCAGCCGACGUGCGCGCCUUCGAAAACCCUCGAGCGAGGCUGAUACUCCUU